GCUAAGGUUUCUCUUUCUUAUUGUCUUAAGACUCUUAACCAACUCUCCCACUAUCUUCCCAUUUUCCUUCACUUUCUUGCCCCCUCUUUCCCAAUUUUCCCGAGAAUCUUUUAUAACCCCAAACACCUUUAAUUCGAUCUUCAAUUGUCGGCUAUUUAUAAUCAAAUGCGUAAUUAGUUAAAGAUAGAACUGACAUAACUAUGGAAAACGGAACAGUUGAGGACGGAGUUUGUUCCAAAGAAUCCGUGAAUGGAAGCCACGAUGUGUGGAGUUGUAAGAAUUCCGAUUCUUCUUCUGCUGAUCAUCUCGUUGUUAUGGUCCAUGGUAUUCUCGGAAGUGCUACUGAUUGGAAAUUUGGAGCAGAGCAGUUUGUUAAAAGGCUGCCUGAUAAAGUGUUUGUUCAUUGUAGUGAACGAAAUAUGUCUACACUGAGUCUGGAUGGUGUGGAUGUAAUGGGUCAGCGGUUGGUGCAAGAGGUCCUUGAAGUAAUACAAAGAAAGCCAAAUUUGCGUAAAAUCUCCUUUGUUGGUCAUUCUGUUGGAGGUUUAGUAGCAAGAUAUGCAAUUGGUAGACUAUAUAAACCUCCUAGGGUUGAAAAUGUUGACAAUCCAUCAGCUGAGACGUGUGAAAAGAAUUCAUGUGGUACAAUAGGUGACCUGGAGGCAAUGAACUUCAUCACUGUUGCUACCCCACAUCUUGGUUCUAGGGGUAAUAAGCAGGUACCUUUUCUCUUUGGUGUACCUGCCUUUGAGAAACUUGCAAAUGCUGUUAUUCAUUUGAUAUUUAGGAGAACAGGUCGGCAUCUUUUUCUUAAUGAUAAUGAUGAGGGAAAACCUCCAUUGCUGAGAUGCAUGAUAGAAGAUCAUGGUGAAAAUUAUUUCAUGUCUGCACUGCGUACUUUCAAACGACGGGUGGCUUAUUCAAAUGUGGGCUAUGACCAUAUUGUUGGCUGGAGAACGUCAUCAAUAAGACGUGAUAGUGAAUUGCCGAAGUGGGAAGAUUCACUUCAUGAGAAAUAUCCACAUAUUGUACAUGAAGAACAUUGCAAGGCAUGUGAUGCAGAACCUAAUUCAAUGGAAGAUUCUGGUUCUGAUAAGCUAGAGGAGGAACUGGUAACAGGCCUAUCUCGUGUUUCAUGGGAAAAAAUAGGUGUUAGCUUUCACAGCAGCAGACAGAGGCUUGCUGCUCAUAGUGUUAUACAGGUCAAAGAUGAAGCCAUGCAUAUUGACGGUGCAGAUGUCAUACAUCAUAUAAUCGAUCAUUUUCUCACGUAGAAGUUAUUUACUCUUAUAGAACUAACACAUCGAAGCCAGUGGUAGAAGGUUCGCAUAGUUGCAGGUGGAUGUGUCCCGAGUGUCAGAGAGGAGCAAUUGCAUAAAUUUCGACUAAAUCUACAGUCGUAAGAAAUUUUGUGUAUUCAUCAUCUAUUGUUUUGUAUAUGAGACAAUAUUUGUUAAUAAAUGCAGACAAUCCACAUAGUAUUUGUAUCAAUUCACCCUUUCGUAUAUCUGAUGGUGUAUGUAUGAGACAAAACACAUACAUGUAAAUAUUGCUGUCGCGGUCAGUUAAUGUGUAAGAAUUUAAGGUAUUGAAGGAGAAGUAACAACUUGCCUUUUUCGGAUUUGGAGAUGAUUGAUG